GUGGUGUUGUGAAUAUGACCCUUAAGGGUGGCACAAGCCAAGCUUGCGCUGCAUGUAAGUACCAAAGGAGAAAAUGCUCAUCCGAGUGCCCUCUUUCUCUAUACUUCCCUCCUGAACAACCAAAAAUGUUUCAGAAUGCUCACAAGUUGUUUGGUGUCAGCAACAUCUUGAAGAUACUAAAGAAUUUGCAGCCAUGUCAAAAGGCUGAGGCAAUGAGGUCUAUCAUUUACCAAGCUAAUAUCCGCGACAAGUUCCCCGUGUAUGGCUGUUGGGGGAUCAUCUGCCAACUACAAUACCAAAUUCUACAGGCUGAGGAGGAGCUUCAUGCUGUUCAUGCGCAACUUGAGAUGUACAGGCAACAUCAGCAUCACAUUUCUUCUCUGCCUGAUGACAUGGCCGCUUCGCAAUUAGAAUUAGGCAUGGCGCCGCCUAGUACUAAUGCUCUUUCACUCUUCAAUCACACUCCACAGCCUUACAAUGCUGUGGAUGCUUUGCCUGUAACACAACAGCAGCAUUCUUACUGGAAUAGCAACAGGGCUGCUUACAACUCUGGUUACAUGGAUACUAAGGAUAACGUGGGAAAUCCAUUUUGGGUUCAACAUUCUUAUGCCAAUAAUGAUAACAACAGUAAUAAUUCUUUGGCAAUUCAAUCUGAGUUGGUCUCCUCGCAACCACUAGCUAUCCAACAUGAAGUAGUUCAUGAUUAUGAUGAGAUUCAUCCAUUUUUCGAUACCAUCGAUGAUAGGCAAUCCUACAUAGAUUCCAAGGAGCCUUAUGAGUCAAGCUCGGAAGAAUCAUUGAAAGAUACAACCCAGUCCGUUGAACAAGUUGCUGAGAAUGAAUUGAAGAGUGCCGCUGCUUGCUUCAGUCUUACAAGUGUCAACUGAUCAAAUGAGCUGAAGAGAAGUAGUCUGUUUUCCAUUCUUUAUCAUUUUUUUCCUCCUUUCAUAGAUUAAAUUCCACAAUUUUGAACUUAAAAAAAAGAAAAAACCCUUUUAGUGAAAUUUGAAUAUCUCAUGAACUUUAUAAUGAAUUACUUGGUUAUUCCAAGUUUCUAAAUAAAUUUUAUUUUAUUGUUUGUGAUUGUUUCUAAAAGUUUGCAAAUCAACGUGAUGGAGGCAC